UUUGUGUCGCGCGGCGGUCGUGUCGCUCAGUGUCAGUGUACUAAUAUCGCGGGGAAUUCUCCGAAAUAACUACUUUGUGUGAAAAAGUUGUGAAAAGAGUUUGUUUUGUGUGUUGUUUGUCAGUGUGAGAGGAUUCCUGUUGUUGGAUACUUGGCAAGUGUUGGACGAAAGUUUUUAAAAGGAAUAAGAAGUGGCGGAAAAUAUUGUUGCAGAAUUGAAAAAGUUGGGACAAAGAUCUCAAACUGCAAUACAAGGGGUGUUUGAAAAAGAUGUACAUAAAUAGAUAAGGACACAAGAAUCCACUUCGAAGUCGGUUUAAAAAGAUGGACAACCCAACCGACAGCAGAAUCCGCAGGCGGCGCAGAAGGUGAGUGCCACCAUGAGGGGCUGCUGGCGCGUGCUGGCGGCCUGGCUGCUGCUGGGCGCGGCGCGGGGCUACCUGGUGCUGGUGCCCGACUCGGCCCCCGCCGGCCACGCCGUGCUCGACGCCGCCGUCUACAAGCUCGGCUCUGAAAGGACCUACUCCAUCGACGUGCACCGCACCGCCAACUUCGUGCACCACAUCCUGCGAGUGAACAGGACAUCCGGCCUCGUCACGCUGAGGAAGCGCCUGCGCUGCGACGGCGUCGUCUACCCUAACCUCUUCACGUUCUACGUAGACUCCACGUCGGACAGAAUCAGAGAUAUUGACUACUACAGUCUCCCGAUCAGGGUACUGGUGACGGGCGAGGACUGCAGUCGGCGACAUGCGGAUCUUUAUGAUAUAGACUUUGAUAGAGUCUACGAUCAGAGCGACUCGGCCCUGCAGUAUGAAGACGAGCCCACGAUCAGGGAUAAAAGAGAAGCCCCCUAUCAGGAGAGUGUAGACUGGAGGUUGCUGGAAGAGGAUGAGUUGAUGUCUAGUCACAGCGUGCUGUCCACGGCCUAUCCGUGGUCUAACGCUCACUUCGAGGAGUUCCCGGUAGACAAAUACAGGAACAGACACAAAAGAUCUCACGCGCUACUACCGUUCGACAUGGCCAUAGAAGUGAAAAUCACUGAAGCGAAGCAAUGGAUCUCAGAAACGUACGCAAGCUUCUCAAUACCAACCACGGACCGGUGGCAGGGGAUCUGUCUGAAGAAAUCCCAGUUCAUCAAUUCCUUAACGGCGUUCUUGCCGCGGACAGUGCAAAAGACGUGUAAAGUGCAGUUUCUGGACGUAAGCGACCCUCGAUUCAUGAUCGAGAACAGCCAAGGAGACCUAGUCGCGAGUGAUGACGUGUGUAUUCAGGAGCCGAUGUGGAAAGUUUCCAUUCUCUUCGCGUUCAACUGCGAGAGUCCGUUCAUCAUCGACUCGGACCACCGGCUGAAGAUCGUGUACCACCACCAGGAGCUGAACGACACGGACCUGGCGCGGCGGGUCAAGCGGGAGCUGCGGAACCAGUCGCCGUACUUCGAGCAGGCGCUGUACGUGGCCGCGGUCGCCGAGGAGCAGGACCCGGGCGUCGUGGUCACCACUGUGCGGGCCAGAGACCCAGAAAACAGUCCAGUCUCCUACUCCAUGUCAAGUCUCCUGGACUCCCGCUCUGCCGGCAUGUUCGCCGUAGACUCCCGGACUGGUGUCGUCACUACGCAGGCCAGGCUGGAUAGAGAGAGGCUGGAUGUGCACUACUUCAGGGUGGUGGCGCAAGAUGACACGUUCCCGCCUCGCACUGGGACUACCACGCUUCAGAUAAACGUCCUAGACUGCAACGACCACUCGCCGGUGUUCGAGAUGCAGCAGUACGAGGCGUCGGUACGCGAGGGAGCCAGCCCCGGCACCACCGUGCUCACGCUGAAGGCCACUGACCAGGAUAUUGGCAAGAAUAAUGAGGUGGACUACUCCAUCGAGUCCGUGACCUCAGAGACCCUGAACCCCGACGACGACAACGAGUCUCUAGACAGCUCCAACGAGCAAGUCCUCGGGGAAUCCCAGGAGGUCUUCAGGGUCGACGGGAGAAGUGGCGCGCUGCUUACUAGAGCUGCUCUGGAUAGGGAGAAGGUGGCCCGGUAUACUGUGGUGGUGAAGGCUACGGAUCAGGCGAAUCCGCUGUCGGAUAGGCUGUCUAGCACUGCGACAGUCCACGUGAACAUCCUGGACGACAACGACAACUACCCGCAGUUCAGCGAGCGCACCUACACGGUCGCCGUCGACGAGGACGUCACGGUCAGCGACAACCCCGUCAUCGCAAGGAUCAAAGCCACGGACGCGGACGUAGGCUCGAACGCGGCGAUACGGUACGCGAUCAUCGGAGGCAACACUCAAAUGCAGUUCUCCAUAGACAGCCUCAGCGGAGACGUGUCGCUGGUGAAGCCGCUCGACUACGAACAAGUCCGGAGCUACAGGCUCGUUGUUAGAGCUCAAGACGGAGGCAGUCCCUCUCGAUCUAACACAACGCAGCUGCUAGUUAACGUGAAGGACGUCAACGACAACGCGCCGCGCUUCUACACGUCACUGUUCCAGGAGUCCGUCAGCGAGAAUGUGCCUGUGGGGUACAGCAUUGUUAGGGUGCAAGCCUACGACGCCGACGAAGGCGUCAACGCCGACAUUACCUACACGCUACAAGACAAGGAGCACGACGACGCGGUGCCCGUCACCAUCGACCCGCGCUCGGGCUGGGUGCACACCCGCGCGCCGCUGGACCGCGAGCGCACCAACAAGUAUCUACUGCAGGUGACAGCAACAGACGGCGGCACCCCACCCAAAUCCGCCACCGCAUCAGUCACAGUCGUGAUCCAGGACGUGAACGACAAUGACCCGUCGUUCCAGCCGCCGCAGUAUGAAGUGGAGCUGGCGGAGGACGAGCCGCCCGGGACGCCGGUCGUGACGGUUACGGCUACUGACGCUGAUGAGGAUAAUAGAUUGCACUACGAAAUCACGGGCGGCAACACACGGGGUCGAUUCUCAAUCACAUCUCAAAAUGGCCGCGGUUUAAUAACCGUCGCCCAACCGCUAGACUUCAAGCAGGAACGAAGAUACGUUCUGACGGUGACCGCCACGGACUCUGGAGGCAGAAGUGAUACCGCCAUGGUGCAUAUUAAUAUUACUGAUGCGAAUAAUUACGCGCCUGUGUUUGAGAACGCGCCGUAUACUGCGUCGGUAUUCGAGGACGCGCCAGUCGGCACCACAGUCCUAGUAGUGUCAGCGACAGACAGCGACGUGGGCAUCAACGCACAGAUCACAUACAGCCUCAGCUCGGAGAUAUCCAACGAAGCCGUCACUCACAAGGACCACGAGUUUCUGAUCAACCCGCACACGGGGGCUGUCACUACGAAUAAACUGCUGGAUAGGGAGACUAUGAGCGGCUACCUACUAACGGUGACGGCGCGCGACGGCGGCGCCCCCCCACUGUCGGACACGACGGACGUGGAGAUCUCCGUGGUGGACGUGAAUGACAACGCGCCGCAGUUCAAGCAGCAGCUGUACAGCGCCACUAUUGUAGAAGAUGCGUUAGUUGGAACAUCAGUGACUCAAGUCAGCGCCACCGAUGCGGACGUUGGUUUAAACGGGCGAGUGCAUUACGAACUAGACCCUAAGGACAGGGAGGAAGGUUCAUUUGUGAUCGACCCGGCGUCCGGCGUCAUACGGACCAAUAAGGCGCUGGAUAGAGAGUCCGUCGCGUUUUAUAAUUUGAAGACUUUGGCGAUAGAUGGCGGUAGUCCGCCCAUGAGCUCUUCGGUGAUAGUCCAUGUCAAAAUCGAAGACAUCAACGACUCCCCGCCACAGUUCUCGAGCGACUGCCUCACGUUCUACAUCGCGGAGAACAGCCCAGUCGGCUCCACUGUGGGCGAGGUGUACGCAAGGGACCCUGAUGAAGGCGGGAAUGCUCAAGUGCACUACUCGAUUAAAGGAGGCGACGACGCAGCCAGCUUCACCCUAGAGACCCGACAAGGUUCCCCGCGCGCGCACCUCGUGACGGCGGCCGAGCUGGACUACGAGAGCAGCCGCAAGAAGUACGAGCUGGUGCUGCGCGCCGCCAGCCCGCCGCUGUGGAACGACGCCAGGAUUGAGAUCCUGGUGACGGAUGUAAACGACAACGCUCCAGUGCUGAAGGACUUCCACAUCAUAUUCAACAACUACAAGGACUGUUUUCCCGUGGGCCCAUUCGGCAAGGUUCCUGCAUUCGACGCCGAUGUUACAGAUAAGCUCCAGUACCGUAUCCUGUCGGGCAACAACGCUAACUUGGUCCUCCUCAACGAGACGUCCGGUGAACUGACCCUGUCUCCGCAACUCAACACCAACGUGCCCAAGAUAGCUACCAUGGAGGUUUCUGUUAAUGAUGGCGUGAACGAGGUAAAAGCCGUGAUGCAGCUGUCAGUGCGUCUGAUCACGGAGCAGAUGCUGCUGAACUCCAUCACGGUGCGGCUGAACGACAUGAGCACGGAGCGGUUCCUGUCGCCGCUGCUCGGCUUCUUCAUCGACGGAUUAGCGGCGAUUGUUCCGUGUCCCAAGGAGAAUAUCUAUGUGUUUAGUGUUCAGGACGACACCGACGUGCACGGCAGCAUCCUGAACGUGUCGUUCUCGGCGCGCCGGCCGGAAGCGGAAGUGGGGGUGGGGGGGGACGCCUCCCCCUACUACUCCCCCCUGCAUCUGCGGGAGAGGGUGUACUUGAACAGGGCUACGCUGGCCAGGCUGGCUACUGUGCAGGUGCUCCCGUUCGACGACAACGUGUGCGUUCACGAACCAUGUCUCAACUACGAGGAGUGCCUCACAGUACUGAAGUUCGGCAACGCGAGCGGCUUCGUGCACAGCGACACGGUUCUAUUCAGACCCAUCUACCCGGUCACCACGUUCACUUGCCAGUGUCCACAUGGGAUUACUGGCUCCCACGACCACUACAUGUGCGACACAGAAGUGGACCUUUGCUACUCGUCACCCUGUGCUAAUGGCGGCUCGUGCCUGCGCCGCGAGGGCGGGUACACCUGCGUCUGCGCAGCUGGGUUUACUGGAACAAACUGCGAAACAAUCCUAACCAACGCGACCUGCAGCCUCAACGGCGAGGGCACCUACUGCCGCGGCGGCGCGCAGUGCGUGGCGCGUGCUGAGGGCGGCGUGCUCUGCCAGGGCUGCUCGCUGGAGCCGGAGUACACCACCCCGGCGUGCGAGCUGAAGGCACGGAGCUUCCCGCCGCACUCCGCGCUCACGUUCAACGGGCUUAAGAUGCGCCAUCGACUCAGCUUGAGGCUCAGAUUCGCCACCCAACAAUCCUCGGGCCUCCUCCUAUACAACGGUCGGUACAACGAGCGCCACGACUACAUAGCCCUGGAGCUGAUCAGCGGCGGCGCGGGGCGCGGGGGCGGGGCGGGGCUGCGGUUCUCAUUCUCACUGGGAGGCGCGAGUACUAGUGUCACUGUGGAGGCGGACGUGGCUAGCGGGGAGUGGCAUACUGUGCAUAUUGAUUACUUUAAUCGGACGGCGACGAUGUCAUUGGACGACUGCGACAAGCGGCUCGCAUUGGCCGGCGCGGCGCAGUUCGGGGUGAAGUACGCAUGCGCGAACACCUCCACUAGAGAGCUGCCGAAACGAUGUGAUAUACCGACGGAGACUUGCCAUAGGUUCCUAGACCUGACGGGUCCGCUUCAGAUCGGCGGGCUGCCGAACAUCCCCAGCAGCUUCCAAGUGAAGAACAAGGACUUCGUGGGCUGCAUCUCUGAUCUUUACAUCGAUCACAAGUUCGUCGAUUUGAACAGCUUCGUAGCCGACAACGGCACAAUCCCCGGGUGUCCGGAGAAGCGCGCGCACUGCGGCUCGGCCCCGUGCUACAACGGCGCCGAGUGCCGCGCCCUGUGGGACGCCCCGCGCUGCGUGUGCCCCGAGGGGUAUACGGGCAAGGACUGUGCUGAGACGACUUCCCCCCCCUGGCGGUUCAGCGGCGACGGCGUGCUCUCGUUCAACCCUCUACUACGGCCCAUCCAGCUGCCGUGGCUCAACGCGCUGUCUCUGAGGACGUGGCAGCAGGACGCCUUCUUGAUGUCCAUACAAGUCGGCCAGAAUAGUACUGUUGCUAUUAGUUUAAAAUCCGGCCUGCUCCAGUAUACCUACAACGGCGAAACCAUGCUAUUCCCCACGGCAUCACUGGCCGACGGCGAAUGGCACAGAGUGGAAAUAAAAUGGCUCGGCACAGAUAUAGCAGUGGCCAUAGACUACGGACUGAGGAAUGUGCUACAGCCGAUGCUAGCCAAUAAGGUGCAAGGACAGUACAUUGGGAAGAUCCUGAUUGGCGGGCCGGAUUCUACUGCGGGGCUAUUGGUGAAUGAGAUGGGCUACUUCGAAGGUUGCAUACAGGAUGUGAGAGUGGGGACGCAACAGUCGCUACUGAACCGCCCGACUGUCAGAGAGAACGUGCGAGACGGGUGCGAGUCCAAGGCUGACUGUGCGCUGGCUGUUUGUCCGCCAUUUAGCAAAUGCGUGACAUCCUGGGACCGCACAACCUGCGAAUGCGAGCCCGGACGCGCGGGCCCGCAGUGCGUGGGUGCGUGCGCGCUGCUCCCGUGCGGGGGCGCCGCGUGCGUGGAGCAGCCGGGCGGGUACCAGUGUCGCUGCCCGCCCCGGCACAAGCUCACUGACACGGGCUGCGUGGAGAUAGCCGCCCACUCGUGCCCGUCGGGCUGGUGGGGCAACGAGGCGUGCGGCCCCUGCGAGUGUCGCCUCAACGACGGGUACCACCCGCAUUGUGAUAGGAAAACUGGGCAGUGCCAUUGCAAGGAGAACCACUACAAGCCUGCCGACUCGUCCGUCUGUCUGCCGUGUGCCUGCUACCCCGCCGGGUCUAACAACAGCUCCUGUGAUCCACUUACAGGUCAAUGCCACUGCCGCAGCGGCGUGAUCGGGCGCGCGUGUGACAGAUGUGCCCACGUCUACGCUGAAGUGGUGCCGAGCGGAUGUGAAGUUGUGUAUGAUGGAUGUCCACGGUCAUUCGCGCGGGGCGUGUGGUGGCCGAGGACGAAGUUUGGCAACGAAGCUAUCACGGACUGUCCCACAGGUUCAAGCGGCAAGGCGUCCCGAUCAUGUGUCAAGGAGAGCGUGGUGCCCUGGCAGGAGCCUGACAUGUUCAACUGCACCACCGCCACCUUCUACCAGCUCAGGAAACAGCUGCACAAGAUUGAGACAGGCGAGCUGCAAGUGAACACCUUCGUCGGGGUCCGCCUGGCCGAAGACCUCUCCACCGCUUGCGCCAACACGCCGACACUAUAUGGAGCUGAUGUGCUGGUGGGAGAAGGGGUCUUGUUGGAGCUACUCAACCAUGAGAUCAAGCAGGCUGGGCUGAAUCUUACGCAUAGCCAGGACAAGGAUUAUAUACGGAACAUAGUGAACUCAGCAAACACAAUCGUGGACACGAAGUACAGCGUCGAAUGGCGUCGAAUCCACGAGCUGACGGGCCACGGGGUCGAGCUGUUGUUGCAGAAGUUCGACAAAUACAUCUCAGUGCUGGCGGAGAACCAACGAGACACGUAUACGAGCCCCUUCGAGAUCGCUACUAAGCAUAUGGUAAUCGGCGUAGACGUAGUAACAGCGGAAUCGAUCUACGGCUUCGAACCCUCACAACUGAACCAGCUACACAAAAACCUGGACUCUGAAUCUUACACCACUGAAAGAGUCAUCUUGCCCGACACUUCUGCCUUCAUCCAUUCGCCUAUUCAAGGACCAGGGUACUAUGGGACUGGGAAGGUGUUGAAGAAGAAAGCUUUAAGUCCUACAGUUUCGUUCCCGAAGUAUAAUAACUAUGUGAAGAAUAAGAACAAGUUUGAUAAGUACAGUCGAGUGCUGCUGCCGUUGGAUCUGCUGGGGAUCAGUGAUCGCAGCUUUCAGGAAAACCUGGACACGCCCUACGAGUCCCGGGCCGUAUUCUCCUACAUCCAGUAUUCGCGCAACUCAUCCCUGCUCAUGCCUAUGAGUAUGGACGAGUCUGUGUCAAGAAGAUGGGGGGUCAAUAUGACAGUUGGGUCGGCCAUAUUGCAAGUGGCGCUAUUUGUGCCUCAGUAUGUGUAUACGAGGUACUCGGAUGGCAGUGUGAGGCAGUAUGAUGAAGGUAUAACCUACAACAACAGAGGCAACCCUAACAGUCCACAUCCCCACUCGAAUCAUCAAAACCCCAACCCUAAAACCCCGUGGCCCCAAGACGAUGACCACGCCCCAGUAGUGAUACAACCAACGUACAAAAAACAAGAAAACCCAUCCAAUACCAACAUGCAAGAAAAUGAGACUGACAACUUACCUGAAAAAAUUGACGGCGAAAAUGGACCGAAGGUUAUGGCGUUAACUAUGGAUUCUAAAGAAUCGAGAAAUAGUGGGAAUGUUACCAAAGAUGGGGUUAAGAAGUUGGUGUAUAAGAGUUUGGGUGGCAUAACGUUGAAGACGCCGAUACGACUGCAAAUGUGGCUGGACAUAGACAAAGAUACGUUUAGUUCGAGGACCAAUCCGCAAUGCGUUCAUUGGUCUACUUUGAGAGGCCACGGCGAAUGGUCCCGAGUGGGGUGCCACACAGAGAUCGACUACGACUGGUCGCCGUACUCGGGAGAGCCGCUGCUAGUCAACUGCACCUGCAACCAUCUGUCCACCUUUGCGGUCCUGGUAGAUGUUGUUGAUGUUGAGUUCAUCCCCGAGCCAUCUCUCCUCGAAGCCGUGACCUCCUACACAGCCUUCCUCAUCUCCAUCCCGCUACUAACAGUCACAUGGCUAGCACUGGUGGUGUCGCGCGCCGGCACCGUGUCCAACACCAUACACAGCCAUCUGCUGUUCUGCGUCGUGACGUCACACGUGCUGUAUCUGGUGGCGCUGAAGGCGAGGACUGAGCUUGUGCAGAAUGAGUUCGCGUGCAAGCUAAUCGCCAUGGGCCUCCACUACUUCUGGGUGGCCUCCUUCGCUUGGACAGCUUGUGACGCCUAUCAACUACGGCGGCUGGUGAGAGAGCUCCGAGAUGUGAACCACAGCGGCGCUCCGUACCAUUUAUGUGCGGCCUACGGAGCCCCGGCCGUGUUGCUGGCGCUGAGUGUAGCGCAUCACCAGCACCAGUAUGGGAAUAAUUUGUUUUGCUGGGUAUCAGUGCACGAGGGCGCCGUGUGGUGGGUGGUGGGCGCGUGCGCGGCGUGCGCGGCGUGCGCGCUGCUGUGGCUGUGCGGGGCCACGCGCGCCGCCUUCACCGCGAGGGACCACCAAGUCAAUACUGGCAACCUCAGAACCCUCCUAGCAUUCAGCAUCAUCUGCCUCCCCCUCCUCUCCGUGUCCUGGGCGGCGGCGCUGCUGCUGGGCAGCGAGGCGGCGCGGCGCGGGGCGCUGGGCGCGGCGCUGGCGGCGGCGGUCACGGCGCACGCCGCCUGCGUGGCCGCGCAGCACGCUUGCAACCGCCGCCUCAGGAUCAACGUUAAACGGACGGUUCUGAAAUGUAUGGGAAAGAAGGUGCCCCUAGCUGAUACCUCGGUCAUCAUUAGCAGCGGUGCCAUGACCGGUGUUAACAGAUCCUCCCUGGCGUACCACAGCUCUGCGGAGGCGGGCCGGCAGCUGCGCAACAUCGGCAUCUCCGCGUCCAGCACCACGUCCAGGUCUACCAACAAGACCAGCUCCAGCCCCUACAGCCGCAGCGACGGGCAACUGCGUCAUACGUCUACCUCCACGUCCAACUACAACACGAGUGCGAGCGACAUGCCGGCCUACCUGCGCGGGUUCGACUCUUCGCUGCACUCUAGGAGAGAUGAAGAACCGCGCCGCCGCCGCAAGUCCACCAAAAACGAGCCAGCCUCCACGGCGACGGGCGAGGAGGCCACCGACACCGAGAGCGACGGCUCCGCGCGGAGUCUCGACCUCGCGUCGAGUCACUCGUCUGAUGAUGAGGAGACUUCGAAUAGGAGGAGUACUGGCACUGUGACCCGCGGCUCCACCAGCAACAGCGGCGCGGGCUACCUGCCCAACAUCACCGAGGGCGCGCCGCUCGCCAUGCCACCCAGGUGGCCGCAUGGUAUGGCGGAAGAAGGCGCGCCCCCGAUGGCCCGCUGGGCGGGGUCGUCGCCUGCGCCGCUGCCCGCGCCGGACCUCACGUCUGACGUCUACCGGCGAGCGCCGCCGCACAACUACGGAGCAAUGGAAGACGAGCUCCUAUACGGCAUGGUGCCAACAGAAGCCGACAAACAGAUCCCUUACGACCCCACCUACACCGUCUCACCCACUAUGUACCGCCUGCCCACCAACCCAUACGGCUCCAAGACAUACCUCUCAUCGAGAACAUCCGACUAUGGGUACAGCCCAACUAAAUACCUCAGUCCUGAAACUAAUCUGUACGGAUCCCGAGAUUUCCGGGAUUCCGGGGUGACCAUGCGGGAGCAGGAGGGCUAUCCCUCGAAUUACCGGGAUUCCGGGAUAGCAACGAUGUUGAAGAAUGAUUACCAGAGGAAGAUGGAGAGUCAGUACGGUGAUUACAACGAUCGUAUGUCGGAGGGCUCGGAUAAACAUCAUCCGCACGAUAAAUAUCUGUUCCCGUAUACUGCCGAGGAGGACCACUCCAACACUCGCGCGCUCAACCAGACCCCGCAGCUGAGGCACAGUGACCUGGCGCAAACAGGAGAGCCGCCGCCACAGAUGGGGGCGCCACUCGCCAGCAUGGGAGAGACUAGCGAGAAAUCUACUACUGAAGAUGACGCAGAGACUAGGGUUUAAGACUACAAGAUCUGAGUACAAUAUUUCCAUUGAAUCUCAAUUAGACAUUAGUUAGUCUGUAAUCUAUAAAAUGUAUUUAAUUUAACGUAAAGACUUUAAUUAAUUUUGUAUAAAGACUGCAUACACAAUCAGAACUCACUGCCAUGUUUUGUAUGUAAUUAUUAAAUAGGUAUGUUAUAUAGCGAUUUUAUUUAUUUGAAGAUGUGAGUAAGUACCUACCUACAGUAUAUCUGGGUAUUAGUACCUACUUAAUGGUGUUCUAAAAAUAUUGAGGCCCUAUUUUACAAUGUGUGGUUAGUGGCUACCUGUAAGAUAAAAGACAUGCUGUCACUGUCAAAAAAAUAAUAACAGAGAGUGACAGCAUGUCUUUUAUCUUACAGGUAGCCACUAACCAGACAUUGAGAAACAGGGCCUGAAGAUGCUAUUUAUAUAAAGAAUUUAAUGUUAACAGCUUAUGGUAAAACAAUUACGCAACUUUAAAAGGCGAAAUUUCGUAGAAAAAUAUUUAGACUGUUUUAGCACCUAGUGUUUGUAAAUAGGAGCGCCUAUCUAGGCAACAUAGUAGGUAACUUAUCUGAUAUUUUUGUAUGAGAAACCAAAUAAAUAACUUGUAGGUAAUUCGCAGAGUACAUGUUUCAAAUUAAAAGUUAAGAAUCUUGUAAAUGUGUGUUUUAUAGUAUUUUUAAUGUCUUUAAAUUUAUGUUUAAGUACCUACCCAUGUCUCAAAUAACUUAGCUAGGUACCUAAUGCUGUAACUUUGUACUAGGUCAUUAGCUUGAAAAUUACUCAAAAUAUGUAAAUAGAUAAGUACAUAUAAUAACUUAUAGUACUUAUUGUGUGCAUUUAGAGAUUUUUAACGAAGAGUCCACCUAUUUUGUAAAUACUCUAAAUAUCUUAUUCUAAAGUCUAUGUCGACAUGUUUGACCUGUAGUGUUUUGUAAGGCAAAGCUUUAUUAGUCGGUAGGUAUAUUUAACUGUAAGGGUUGCCAUAUAUUAUGUUUUUAAUGCGUGUAGAUUGCCUGCAGUGUGACUUUGCGUGGUGUUAAAAUUGAAUGUGAAAUCUUCUUACUAUUCAUACUUACCUAAAUCAUAAAAUCAGUCAUUCAUUUUGCUACAACUAUGGCACUUUCGAGUAUACCCUAUUACCUAUGCUUUAUGUGUUAGAACAUAAGUUUCGUUAUUCUUCCUUCAAACCAUAGAAAGUUCUUACAUAAGAUCUUGUUCAGGAUAUUUCGUUGGGUAGCUGACAUUUUGUUUCAAAGAUUGUAAGAGAGAGGCUUAUGCACGAUCCUUUCACUAUACUUUAAUGUUUUUAACUACCGUGAUAAAGUAUUGUACUUCUACCCUUCAGAAUAAAGAUCUACCUAUUUGCCUGCAUACCAGUGUACCAAUACUCACUAGGUAAUGUUUUAAAGUUGAUCCUUAUAAUUUUUAUGCGUAGGUAGAUAGGUACAUGUGCUAUUCUAUUACAUUCCAUGAAUUGAUGCAUUCCUUUUUGUGAUAUAAUGAAUCAUCGUUUUAGGUAUUUUUUGUACAGAACAGUUUGUAUUUGUUCAUAUUGAAAUAAUAAAGUAUUUUAAGCCAAAAUUA